AUGUUCUAUAAUUUUAAUAAAAUAGAAGAAGUAAAAAUCAGGCUCAGAAGUGCAGAAGGGCACAUCUGUGAGGUCGAAGAAAGUGCAGCUCUUAUGUCCUCGUUUAUUAGAAGCAUGAUAGAAGGAUUUAAUGAGGUAACAGAAGUAUCAUUACCAAAUAUUAAUUCAGUUGUUAUUGAAAAAGUAAUUGAAUAUAUGAGACAUUAUAAAGAUAAGGAUCCUCCAAUUAUUAAAAAACCUAUCAUUUCUUCAAAAAUGGAAGAAAAUACUUCUGCUUGGGAUGCAGGUUUUAUAGAUGCUGAUUGAAAUAUGGUUGUUGAUCUUAUGACAGCAGCAGACUAUUUAAUGAUGAUACCAUUAAGAGAUUUAUGCUGUGCUAAAAUGGCUUGUAAAUUCAAAGGUAGAAGUAUUGAUGAAUUAAGGGCUGAGUAUCAUAUUGAGAAUGAAUUUCCAUCAGAAAUGGAGGAGAAUCUUGAAUUUCAGCAUCCAUGACGUUUGGAAUAA